AUGCCGUUUGGAUCCAAAGCCAAGGAGCCGGAAGACGUGGCCUACGUGCCGCCUCAAAUCUCAGACCUGCACUGCUUCUCCGAGACCGAGGGCGUCGUGACGACGACCAUGAUGGACCUGCCCGGAUACCGCAUCGUGCGCGUGCUCGGGGCCGUGUACGGCAUCAGCGUGCGCUCGCGCAACAUUGCCGCCAGCCUGGGCAUGGUCAUCAAGAGCUUUGCCGGCGGCGAGCUGCGCUGGUUCACGUCGAUGCUGUACUCGUGCCGCAACGACUCCAUCAGCCGCGUCGUCGACGAGUGCAAGCGCCGCGGCGGCAACGCCAUCAUCUGCCUCCGCUUCGACGCCGGCGACAUGGGCGGCUUCGCGCAGACGGCGGCCUACGGCACGGCGUGCAUUGUGGAGAAGCUGGACCCGGCCGUCAGGCCGCCUCCGCAGCUGGAGAGUGCUUGA